ACCCAUGUUACCGGUAGUGGCUUCCUUCGUCAGCACCUGGAUACCGCCGUUCGAGCGUAUCCUGCUCGGCGGAAUGGUGUACUGCGGCACGAACCUGGGCAUCAUAUCCAGCAACGUCUUCACCGGCCUCAUCAUCGAUCUUACGGAUAGCUGGCCCAUGGCUUUCUACAUCUGGAGCGGUAUAGCCUCCGGCUACUGCGUUUUGCACCUGCUCUACGUGUACUCGUUUCCCGCCCAUCAUCCCAAUUUGUCAACGGAGGAAUUGGACUACCUCAAUAAAUUUCUAGUGCCCAAGCGAAAACUGAAGACCCCAUGGAGGAAGAUCUUCACCAACAUUCCGUUUUGGGCCAACCUUUCGGGCCACACGGGUCACAACUACAUCUUCCACACGCUGUUCACCUACUUACCCACCUACAUGAAGGAGAUCCUCCAGUUCGACAUCACCCAGAACGGUCUCUACAGUUCGGCGCCCUUCAUGGCCCUGUGGCUCAGCGCCAUCACGCUGAGCAUCACGGGGAACUACAUAGUGCAUUCUAUGAGGUGUAUGAAUCCGCUGAUGUUCACCAGAAUCUUCGGAUUGGUUUCAAAUGUGGGAUCGGCGUUACUGAUGGCAAGCGCGGUGCACGUGGGCUGUUCCAGAGCAUGGACCAUCGCCUUCUACAUCAUGGCCAUGGCGAUAAAGUCCUUCUACUACAUGACGAUCAACAUCAACACCAACGAGCUGUCGAGAAACUACGGAGGCAUCUUGUUCGGCGUUUGCAACUUUGUCGGAUGUUUGUGCGCCAUUGGUGGCAACGCCUUCAUAGGAGCCGUAACCAAAAACAGAAAAAUAAGCGAAUGGCAGCUAGUGUUUUGGGUGAACCUAGGCGUCGCCGUUGGCACUUCGAUCAUUUUUUUUAUAUUAUCGUCGUCAGAGAGACAAGCCUUCGAUUAUGACGAGGAAGAGGAAACGCCGCCUAGCGGACACUAAAAAGUUAUUAGACAUUUAGGAUAGAGAUUAGAUCUGUAGAACUUUUGACCAAUAUAAGGCGAAACUAAGAAAAUGAA